AUGACGAACUCCUUCCUUGCCUUGGUCGAAGUCGAGGCUGCAUUCUCGUUCAUUGCCUUCGUCUUGGUCACCAUUCCAGUCUACUGGCACCUAGAAGCAUGGAAUAUUGGGUGUCUGCUGUACAUCUUCUGGAUGGGCACCCAGAAUUUGAUCAAUUUUAUCAACCUCGUAGUCUGGAGAGACAAUGCAAUCGACUGGGCGCCCGUCUGGUGUGACAUCACAACGCACUUCGUCAUCGGUUCAUCCAUCGGCGUGUGCUGUGCAUCCCUUGUCAUCAAUCGCCGGCUUUAUCACAUUGCCAGUGUCUCUGCAGUGUCGAUCACUCGCGCCGACAAGCGCCGUAACAUGAUUACCGACCUCGCCAUUGGCUUGGGCAUUCCUGUUGUCUCUAUCUGUCUCUAUUGGUUCUACCAGGGUCACCGCUACAACAUCUACGAAGGCUUCGGCUGCAUGGAGGCCUAUCCUAAUACGAUUCUCUCGUACUUCCUUUAUGUCGCCUGGCCCAUUCCCAUUGGUCUGGUUUCAGCAACAUACUGCAGUCUCACCCUCCAUGCCUUUUUCAAGAGGCGACGGCAGUUCAAGGAACUCAUGUUGAACAACCCCAACCUAUCCUUCAACCGCUACUUCCGGCUCAUGGGCCUCGCUGCCACCGAGAUCCUCUUCAGCGUCCCUCUCUCCGUAUACAACAUCGUUGUCAAUCUGCGCUUAACCCCGAUCUACCAGUGGGCGGGUCUCGACGACCUUCAUUUCGGCUUUUCACGCAUCGACCAAAUCCCGGCGAUUGUCUGGCGCCAGAUCCCUGGUUUCGAAAGCGCCUUUGCGUACCGCAUCUGGAUUACAGUCGGAUGUGGCAUUGCCUUCUUCCUCCUCUUCGGCUUUGCCGAGGAGGCCCGCAAGCACUAUAGGUCCGCGUUCGAGUCGGUCGCGAGGCGCGUUGGCUUCACUACUCUCGGGCGCAGCAACCAUUCUUCGUCGUCCUUCGGACCGAAGUCAGGAGACGCUGAGGUCACGAUCCCGUCGUUCGUGCAGCGCAGUCAUGUGCGGCGCAAUUCGCUCGAAAGCUUCUCGGGUCGGCUCUCGUCGAACAUCUCCAUCGACACCGAUCACGACUACGAUGAGAAGCCCUUGCCGUUCACCCCAAUCGGAAGCAUCCCUUCGUUCAUCAAUACACCAAUCGACCACUCCUUCGACCUGGGAGAGAAGAAAGAAGAACCAACAUCGAUGAACCCUCCUUCGCUACCGGUGCCACCACAGCCAGCGCACACGCGCCCAGUGCACAGUCGUCCUUCCACGCCGGAGCGUUCGGAGGCCGAUGUGCCGCAGUCGGUGCGGCACCAGUCGUUCGCGUCGGUAUCGUUCCUGUCGCUGCAUCCUGGCGACGACAUCGUUUGA